ACCUCUUUUAGGAGCUGCCAUGACAGAAAUUUCUCUGCAAGCUGAAGAUAAGCACAAAAUGGUCAAGGAUGUGACACCGGCGGGAAAGGGUGGGGAAAUGAGACGGCGCCCUCGCGGCUCGUCACCUCAGGGACCGGGAGUGAUGAACGGUGAGGCGGACAGGAAGGAGGCAUGGGGCUCAUCCUCCAAGGAGAACAUACCCCGGCGGAGGGGCGUUUUCGCAAAAAUCGUCGACCUCGCCAUCGAAUACUCGGAGACCUCGUCCAUGCACGGACUGAAGUACGUCGGCGACCGGAGGCUCACCCUUGCCGAGAGAUAUUUUUGGGUUUUCGCUUUCUUCGCCGCUGUCUCAGCUUCGAUUUAUUUUAUAACGAACCUUUUCGACAAAUUUGAGCAAAUGCCGGUAAUAACAUCGCUUUCGCCAAUGCCCAGCUCGAUAAAAGACAUACCUUUCCCGGCCAUCACAAUCUGCAACAUGAACAACAUGCGGAAAGAUCAGACGGAGAAAGUAUUCGAAGCGUACAAAUUAAACAUCAAUGACAAAGAAGCUCAACUUGAUAGGAAGCUGAUAUUCGACUUCUGCAGCAGAGAACCGCCGCCGAACGACAAACCGUCGCAGGUCAAAAUGGCAAACAUAUCCAGCAAUUUUGAAUAUAUUAAAAAAUUCAUGACCAAGAUGACCCAACCUUGCCAUGAACUUUUGGUCCACUGCACUUGGCACGGUGACAGGACAAGCUGUGAAGAGCUCUUCAACCCGAAUCUGACCGACGAAGGCAUGUGCUGCGUCUUCAACAGGCUCAAACGAGAGCACAUAUUCAAGAAUCCGAGGAAUUUAUCAGACCUCAAUGUAACGUUUCCUGAAGAUGCGUACGAUUGGUCGCCGGAAAAGGCUUUCCCGAGUCAAGUGAACCCUGACAGCAUCCCCAGGAGGCCAAGAGGUUCCGGAACCCACCUGGGAUUAACCGUUGUCGUCAAUGCAGAAUUAGAUAGGUACUUCUGCUCUUCAGAAAACGGUGAGGGCUUCAAGAUACUUCUUAAUAAUCCGCUUGAAACUCCGAAAGUGUCUUCGUACGCGAUGUCGAUCGCACCGAGCAGAGAGACGAAAGUUGUUAUCGUUCCCAAACUUGUCACGGCGACAAAUCAGUUGAGGAGUAUAUCAGUUGCGAAGAGGAUGUGUUAUUUUGAAAACGAAAAAUCCCUUUAUUUUUACAAGACGUACAACCAGAGGAGUUGCAUAUUGGAGUGCGAGGCAAAUUUCACCCUGGCAUUUUGCAACUGUGUGCUUCACUACAUGCCAAAAGACACAAAAACGAGGAUUUGUGGUAGAGACGACACCCCCUGUGCAAAAGAUGCUCAAAAGAAAAUGGAGAUGAGUCUUGACGAUGCGAUUCUCAACUUUACUGCAAAUUCAAACAAAGAUUUGGCCCUGUGCGACUGCAAACCGGCUUGCAACGAAGUCUCAUAUGGAUUUGUCGUCACACAAAGUCCGAUAUCAAGUUCACUCGAGAUAAACAAAGAGUAUUACAGGGACUUCAAUGAGUCCUAUUUCAAAACUAACAUGGCAAUAAUCCACUUCUUUUACAUGGAGAUACAAUUUACAAGCACUGUACGCGGUGUGCUGUUCGGCUUCACGGAAUUUUUAUCCAACACCGGAGGACUUCUUGGGCUUUUCUUAGGCUUCAGCUUCCUGAGCGCGGUAGAAGUAGUAUAUUUCGUUAUAAUGAAAAUAUUCUAUUCUUUUGUCAAAAUUAAGAAUAACAAUACCAAUGGAGGAAACAAAACAAUGUUUGUGAAUAGCAGGAGGGAGAUUAUCCUCCCUGAUGAUCCGUCUUUAAUAAUCAAAAACCCUUUCCCUUUCACACAAUAAUGUACCUUUAGAUAAUAUAUACUUUAAUGUUAAUACAGCUUUAAUAAAAUAUUUUCAGUAA